GGAUCCGCGGGCCGUGCACCGUCCGUCCAUGGUGACGGGCAUGCGCAACCGCGCCGUGCUGCAGCCGUCAACGCCGCCGUCGCAGAUCCCGCUCAUCAUCUGCGCCUACUACCUGCCAUUGCUGCUGGUGAAGGAAGGCCACGGCAAGUUCCGCGCCGAGCCGACCGGCGACGCGCUCUUGGCGUCGACGCACGCGUUCUCGCACGAAGACCUCUUCCGCGUUGGCUCGACGCGGCGCAAGAUCAAGUUCGUGGGAUGCCUCGACGUGCCCUUUGAGAUUGCGCCGCACGAAGAGGCCGAGGUGGGCCGGGUCUGCGCCGAGUUCUUUUGCACGCCCGUCUUUAUCACGAACGACGCUGACCGAAUUGUGUUUGACGCGUUCUGCAAGCAAUCGCUCUGGCCCGCGUUUCAUGGCAUCGUGCACCCGGAUGGCAUGCACGGCGCGUUCGAGCAGGCGCCAGCCGCGUGGCCAGCCAUGCUCAACAUCAACCGGGACAUUGCGACGACGCUCUCCAAGGCGUAUGAGCCCGGCGACCACAUUUGGCUCCAGGACUACCAGGUGAGCUUUGUACCCAUGUAUCUGCACCGGCUUUUGCGCUUGACGCCGCCGCCCGUCGGGCUCUUCUUCCACGUGCCCUUUCCAGCGCUGAGCGUGUUUCGGAUCUUAAGCACGCGCGCCGAGCUCCUCAAGAGCAUGCUCCAAGCCAAUUUGAUUGGCUUCCACCUCUACGAACAUGCCAAGAACUUUCUGUCCGCGUGCAAGGUCCUCCUUGGCAUCUCGUCGCCUGCGAUGGUGCAAGGCCAGUUUGGCAUCGAGUACGGCGGCCGACGCAUCGCGAUCACGUGUUCGCAGCUCACGGUCGACGGUGCAAGGCUGGAAAAGCAGCUCGGGACGGCCGCUGUGACCGACCAAGUCAUUGCGUACCGCCAAGCGUACCCGCGCAAAAUGCUGUUUGCGGGCGUCGACGUGCUGGACCCGUUCCAUGGCGUCCUUGGCAAGCUCGCGGCCUUGGAGCUUUUUCUAGACAACAACCCGGCGCAGCAGACGCGCAUCGUGCUGGUCCAAUUUGGCGUGCUCACCAAGUUUCUCGGUACGCCCGAGUACUACGAGCAAGUGCAAGCGGUCGUCGACCGACUCAAUGCCAAGUAUUCAGAACCCGUGGUUGUCUUUCAUCUCACGCGGCGCAACCUCACUUGCGCCGAGCGUCUCGCGCUCUGGCGCGUGGCCGAAGUCUUUCUGUCCACUGUGCUCCAGGAAGGCCUCAACAUUAGCGCGUUCGAGUACAUUGUGGCCCAUCGAAAUGCCACUGGGAUUGCCAUUUUGAGCGAACGCGCGGCCAGCAGCCGCCUACUGCACGGCGCGUUGGUGGUCAACCCAUGGGACUUGACCGCGAUCGCCAAAGCACUGGCCACGGCUGUGCAGAUGCCCGCAAAAGAGCGCGAGUUUCGACGCGACUGCGACCUCGUCACCAUCAGUGCGCACUCGCCCGUGCGCUGGGCGUACUGCGUCGUCUCGGACAUUGCCAAAGCCGCGGCGAUCGUCAAGGCCGGGACUCACUUUUUGCCCGAGUCGCCCGUCGUCCUUACGCUGCUCCAAGAAGAGAAAUUUCUCGACUUGUACCGGAAGAGCUCGCGCCGCGUCUUCUUCUUCGACUACUACCGCACGCUGGCGCCGGACGUCUCGUCCGACUUUGGCAUCGUGUGGCCCGACGUGCCCGUGAGCGUGCUCUCAAGCCUCGAGAUCCUCUGCCGCGACAAGCGCAACUCGGUGUUUGUCGUGAGCGGCUGCAACUGCGAGCUCCUCUCGGACAAGUUUGGGUCCGUGCCCGGCUUGGGGCUCGUGGCCGAGCACGGGUACUUCUUGCGCUGGGCGUACCUUGGCCACUCGGCCCGUAUGGACAAACCGUGGGAACUCUACGGCGACGUGUUUCGCGUCAACGCCGCGUGUGGCAAGUGGCGCGAGAAAGCCCAAGCCAUCAUGCAAGUGUACGUGGACCGCACGAACGGGUCAGCGCUCGAGAUGCGCCGGAGUUCGAUUCUAUUUCGCUACGCAAAGUCUGACCCCGAGUACGGGCUUAUGCAGGCCAUGGACCUCAAAGAGCAGCUCGAAGCGCAGCUCGCGAAUUGGCCUCUGAGCAUCAUCCAAGGCAAGGACUACAUUGAAGUGCGACCCGACGGUCUCGGGAAGGGCAAGAUUGUCGGCCAAAUCCUCAACAAACUCCACAAAGACUCGGAAACACCACUCGACUUUGUCUUGGCCAUGGGCGACGACGUCGCGGACGAGCUCAUGUUUGAAGCCGUCGACGCGUUCUCCAAGGCGAUCCAUAUCCCGACAGUCGUCACGUGCACGGUCGGACACAAGGCGACGCAAGCGCAGUACUUUCUCGAAGACCAGCUGCAGGUCGUGACGCUCCUCAACAACAUCCGUCUCGCGCUGACCAAGAGCAACCGCAACUAUUCAGUCUCGGACAUGCAGACGAUGCUCGGCCGUCACAUGCACCACACGCCGCAAAUCUCAUUCACGUCGACGCCGCCGUCGCUCGUCGGCGAGUUGGCAAGCGUCUCGCGCAAGAACAGUGCCAAGACGCUGCGUUCCGGCUUGACGCCCGUGCUGGAAGAAGACCACGUGGGCAGCAGCGAGAGCCUCGUCCGUGGGCCAGGCUGGCGCUGGAAGCGGCUCACGUUUCUCGCAUUCUGUCUCGGCUACGGACUCUACCGCCAUCGACACCACGUCCAAAAGGCGUGGAAAAAAUGGGCUGCGCUCGCGACGGUGCUGGCCAUUCUCGCGGCCAAGGCCACUGCCAGCGACGAGACCGACGACGACGACAACAACGUGAGAAACGUACGUCGCUUGAGUAGCGAGUCGUUCCGAGAUGAGGUGUAGUCAAGACCAGUAAACCCUACAGUUAGUUGCCGUGCAGAAAUGGG